CCCGUGGCGUUGUGGGAACGAGGACGGCAGCGCUGGGGACGGAUCCUAACAUGUCCUGACACCUGCUUUUCGUCUUGUGCGUCUGAAAUGGGCACUGGGACGUUCGGGCGGGUGCACCUGGUGAAGGAGAAGACAGCCAAGCAUUUCUUCGCUCUCAAGGUGAUGAGCAUUCCCGAUGUCAUCCGCCUGAAGCAAGAGCAGCACGUGCACAAUGAGAAGUCUGUCCUGAAGGAAGUCAGUCACCCGUUUCUCAUCAGGCUGUUCUGGACGUGGCAUGACGAGCGCUUCCUCUACAUGCUCAUGGAGUACGUGCCGGGCGGGGAGCUCUUCAGCUACCUGCGCAACCGGGGGCGCUUCUCCAGCACCACGGGGCUCUUCUACUCUGCGGAGAUCAUCUGUGCCAUCGAGUACCUGCACUCCAAGGAGAUCGUCUACAGAGACUUGAAGCCGGAGAACAUCCUGCUGGAUAGGGAUGGCCACAUCAAGCUCACGGACUUUGGGUUCGCCAAGAAGCUGGUAGACAGGACUUGGACCCUCUGUGGAACACCCGAGUACCUGGCCCCGGAAGUCAUUCAGAGCAAGGGCCACGGAAGGGCCGUGGACUGGUGGGCCCUCGGCAUCCUGAUAUUCGAGAUGCUCUCGGGGUUUCCUCCAUUUUUUGAUGACAACCCGUUUGGCAUUUAUCAGAAAAUUCUGGCAGGCAAAAUAGAUUUCCCCAGACAUUUGGAUUUCCAUGUAAAAGACCUCAUUAAGAAACUGCUCGUGGUUGACAGAACAAGGCGAUUAGGAAACAUGAAGAACGGGGCAAAUGAUGUGAAACGCCAUCGGUGGUUCCACUCUGUGGACUGGGAAGCUGUUCCGCAGAGAAAACUGAAGCCUCCCAUCGUGCCCAAGAUAGCUGGCGACGGCGACACUUCCAACUUCGAAACUUACCCCGAGAAUGACUGGGACACAGCUGCACCCGUGCCGCAGAAGGAUUUAGAAAUCUUCAAGAAUUUCUGAGGACAGGAGCUCACAUCUGGAAGAAACAGGAAGAUUGGAAUCGGCCUGGAACAAAGAACUGCACCUAAGCAGACCAGAAGUAAAAUGUCUUCUUCACGGCAUAAGGACAUUUCCACUUUUCUGUGUACCUGUGUGUAUAGAAAUAGAUCAGAGCACAGUUGAAAUUAAUGGAACUGGCAUUAUUUAAGCAACUGGAAUUCCACACUGUAGGAGGGUUUUGAAAAUUGUUUGGUUGUAGAUUUUAUCUUAUCCUUUAGUGUUGUUGUGUGCCUACUGUGAUGUCUUGGUUUUUCUCAUAGACUUAAGUUUAUAAGUUUGAACUGGACUUGUUCGAUUAUAACCACAAAUUGUGUGUGUGUGUGUGUAUGCCUGUGUGUAUAUAUAGAAGUCAUUAUGGUAGAUGCACAGAAACUGUGCAGUGAUGUAAAUGUUCAUAUUUCACAGAGCCUAUAAUUUUUAUUUUUCAAUUUGUUUUUUCAAAAAUCUCUUCUCGGGGACAACAUCUGAAGGGUAUGUUGCAUGCAUUAAAAAAAAAUCAUCUCACAUGUAUUUUAUAGUUUGGGGGAAGAAAAUAUCAUGGGGAGGUCUACCUUCAGUAUCUUUAGUGCUUCCUACCUGGUAACUUGAGAUUUUAAAAGAAGAAACAAAGAGAAAGAAGAUAUGGGAGCGAAUUUAUUCCAAGAAUCUGCAAUGACAUUGAAGUUGUUGGAGGAAUGUACUGUAUUUAAAACAACUUUCUGUGACACAUUCAAAAAUUUCAUCUGAGCUGGAUGCAGUGGCUUGUUCCUAUAGUCCCAGCACUUUGGGAGGCUGAGGUGGGUGGAUUGCUUGAGCCCAGGAGUUGGAGAUCAAUCUGGGAAACAUGGUGAGACCUCAUCUCUACAAAAUACAAAAAAAUUAGCCAGGCAUGGUGGCACGUGAAUGUAGUCUCAGCUACUCAGGAGGCUGAGAUGAAAGGAUCACUUGAAUCCAGGGAGGUCCAGGCUGCAGUGAUCUGAGAUUACACCACUGCACUCCAGCCUCGGUGACAGAGUGAGACCCUGUCCAGGAACAAAAAAAAAAGAAAAAAAAAGAAAGUUAAUGGCUUUGUGCUUUCGCAGGUGGAAUGAAGAGAACGUCCACCUUAAGGCUUUAAAAGACAGUGAAGCUGGGUACAGUGACACACUCCUGUAAACCUGGGACUUUGGGAAGCUGAGGCAGGAAGAUCGCUUGAGCCUAGGAGUUUGAGACCGGUCUGGGCAGCAUAGCGAGUCCUCAUCUCUAUAAAAAGAAAAAAAAAAUGUUACAACACAGUGAAAUUGCAGAAACAGAACACAGCUGCCCUUUUUCAUCAAUGACCUUUUCUUCACGUGGAGGUCAACUCAGUAGGUGAGAAUAAUUAGUAGGUUCAGUAGAAUAAACUCUUUACAAUUAAUCAGUCACUGGAAAAUGAUGUUCAGAUGGUGAAAUGUGGAAAUGUUUUAGACAACUGUAUUUUCAGCCUGUGCAUCUCACUCACCAUCUUGUUGGGAUUAACAGUUGAGGGCCAUCAUUGUCUAAACAUGUAGCAUGCAGUUUCCCAUCAGUUUUACCGUGAAUGUGAAAAGGUGAAACUGGUGCUGACUUCGGCAGCAGGUAUACUCAAAUUGGAAUGACACAGAGGAGAUGAGCAUGGCUCCCUUUGCAAGGAAGAUCCGUAUAUUCAUGCAGCAUUCCAAUUUUUUUUUUUUUAAAAAGGUUAUACUGUGCACUGAGAUGUGGAGCUAGAAGGAAAAGCAUUAGGUCUCAUGUUUGCUGACUAUAAAAAUAAAUCAUAGUAAUAUUAUUGAACAUUCUACUUUAAAAAUUAUUAAUAAAACCAUAAAUGAAACACUUGAGCACAUUUUAAAAAGUACAUAGACCCAUGAGUCCAUAUGCCUAUUUUUAGGUUGUCUGUUUUAUUAUCCAGGAUUUCAUACUCAGAUGAAAAUUAGCAUCAGGAAAGCCUGAAAUGCCUUAAUUGUGACCUGAGAUGCAGGAAAAUGAAAUAUGCAAGCACAUGGAUGACCUCGUUCUUUACGGACAUUGUUACCAGCCUCUAGCCAUACAGAACAAAUGAGAAAUUAGAAGCAAUUCAAGAGCGUGUGAUGGCGUGAAACCCACUUUUGACCGUCGCGCACAUUUCAGCAUUUGAAGUGACACGGGCUACCUGGUAACUGCCCAUGGCGGGGUCAUAGUUUAAAUGGCCCAAUGUCAUGUAGAGGUUAAUUUAAUCAAAAUGAGCUAUAAACACGGAACAAUCACUAUAUAUAAUUUUAAAACAGUUUACCUGGCCAGGCACAGUGGCUCACGCCUGUAAUCCCAGCACUUUGGGAGGCUGAGGUGGGCGGAUCACCUGAGGUGAGGAGUUCAAGACCAGCCUGGCCAACAUGGCGAAACCCCCAUCUCUACUAAAAUACAGAAAUUAGGUGUGGGGGUGGGCGCCUGUAAUCCCGGCUACUCGGGAGGCUGAAGCGGGAGAAUGGCUUGAACCCGGGAGGCGAGGCUGCAGUGAGCCGAGAUUGUGCCACUGCCCUCUAACCUGGGCGACAGAGCGAGACUCCAUCUCAAAAAAUAAAAAUAAAAAAAAUAAAAAUAGUUGACCUGGGUGGUCAUUCCAAAAUUUUCUCAUAGAUGAUCAUGUGAAACAAUCACCGUGCAAAAUGUGGAGGAAAAUUCAUUAUAAUAAUCACAAAAUUUGUAUCAGAAAAACGUUACAAAUUUACUUUGCUUCAUGUAAUUUUAUGAGUUGGCAGUAUUUUCUUAAAUUGGAAUACUAUAAGAGAAUAUCUUUAGGAAAUGGAUAUGUUACAACAAGAAGUAUAUUGGGGCAAGUCUUGUUUUUCUGAAGGGAAAUGCCACCAGCCUGCUUUCAUAGGCAUUGAUAAAGCCAGGAAGGAAAUAAAGUCACAACCGAAUAGUAUACACUGUAUCUACUGAAUUCUUCUAAUUCCUUUGCAACAGAAGUCUAAAUCCUGCUUAGCCUAAACAUAUCUAUAGCCAGUGAUGGGCAAAUUAUAUUUGCUGUCAGCGUGAUAGAAUAAGAAGCAGAAACCCCCCAGCAGUGGGGUAAGAUUGCGCGCUUCGUCCCCUCAAAAUGCUGUUCAGCCCCACUCCCUCUCCAUGCCCAUCAAACAACUGCACAAUCACUUGUUCGUGAAUUUCUCAUUCAGCGUUUUGUUUCUUUCUGUCCACACUUAAAGACCAAAUCAUUUGUUUGCUUCGAAGAAAAAGCAAAAACAAGAACAAAAACACCAAAUCAUUUGAAAUCACUACUCAUUAAAAAAAAUCACCAGUGGAACCAAACAGUUGAGUGGUUCGUGAUGUGUUCGCCAUUUCUGUGUUUGACCUACGUGGCCUCUAGUUCUUUGGACCAUUGUAACUGUGAAACUAUGGCUUAAUACUGUUAAAGACCCCAAGGCUCAACUCUGUAGCCAGGGUGCACCUCAGGCUGCACAAAUACCACACCAGAAUGUCAUAGGCAUUCAUGGCUCCACCUACUGAGUGAACAGAGUGCAAGACAGCACUGGCUUGGGUUUUAUUUUUGUAGCCAGUUAACUUUGCAUCAGGUCUACACAGUCCUUGCAGCCUUUGAUUUCUCCUGUUGUAGAGAUUUGAAAUGGGGUGCCCGGGUUCCUCUCAUCUUUCCUUCAAUCUACCUAGCAUGCAUUUUACACACAUUGGAGGAGUCGUAUGCACUGUUUUUUUCUCUGUUGCUGACGGAGGCAAGAAGGCCUUCUAAUUAGUCUAACUUAAAGGAAUGGGAUUCACUUAACAAAAGCAAGAAGAAAAGCACAUGAGCAGGUGUCUUAAUGCAUUUCGAUAGUUUCUUGGGGCGGGGUGUGUGUCUUGGUGAAGGUGGGGGGGCUGUAUUUUCACCAAGCUUUUUCAUAAUCAAGUUUGCUUUGCAAACCUUAUGGCCUUGCACCCCGCAGAAGAGUCCUUCCUAAUAACAGGGGAAUGCCCUGUCAGGUUCUCUGUAAAUUAUUGUGUGUUGGGAGGUUCUGUUGAGGCUUAGUUUGAUCUUCCAUGGUGGACACGUCUGUUCUGUAUGUAAAAGGCAUUACAAUUGUGUUUUAGCGGAUGGGAUUUGAAGCCUUUCCACGGUCCUUAUCCUGUGAGAUGGCUGUUGAGCUCUGCUCAGCUGUUGUAGCUGAAUUCUUGUUUUGCGCUGAACAUUGGGCAGCCUCACGGUGUUGCCACCGUACUUCUGGGGCCCUGCGACUGCCGCCGGAUGCCGCGCACACAGGCAGAGUGCCUUUGCAGGUUUGUGCACCCCUUGGCGAGCCAGAACUGGGAACCCCGCGGGGUGACCCCACCUUCUCAUGGGGGGUCGGGGAGGGGAGUGCCUAUUUUUAAUCCCGUCUGUUUGUUGCACAAUGGAAAUCACUGUGAUUUGUACAUAUGCCCUAGGAAAAUUUUACUGCUGUCUAAUUUAUGUAAUAAUACUGUUGAUUCCAGGUUUGUUUAAUAAAACUUUCUAUCUUUUCAGAA